UUCAGAUGGGUGAGAGAUAUCAUGCCAGUUCUAGAGAAAAUCAAGCUACUUUGCGCCCUUUACGACUGCACCCAAUUUAUGGGAAUAGCGACCUUCAAAGUAGACGGGCAGGAGGAGUGGCCAACUAUCCGCAUGAAGGAGAAACUGAUCGUGAGCGUGGGGACACUGCCAUAGCACUUUACCCUAGAAGAAACUCCUUUAGAUCUUAUUCAUUACCUCCCGCAUUUUCGGGGGAGUCUACAAUAAAUAGAGGAAGAGAGGAAACCACUGACGGAAUACUGUCCCGGUUUCGGAACGAUCUGCUAGAAGAAGUGCUGAUGGAGUUGCUACAGGACGUUGCAGUGGUACCACUUGACGUUACGAUCUAUUUCCCUCGCCUUAUUAUUUUCAAAUCUCUUACUCAACUUGUUAUUUAGUACAGCAUUGGAGAGACUUACCGCUACGUACCCGGCAGACCCAACAAAAAGCUGUCAUCUAACAGCGCCGUAGAUUAUAGAAGGGCUCUGCUUCAACCUGACAUCAUCUGCACCUACGGCUGCACCCACCGGGCCAGUUCCUGCUGUCCUCCUUGCAGUUUCCGGGGUCCCUGCCAACAUCUCAUACCAGAAAGCCAUCCACCGCGCCGCGAUCACACAGAUCUAAUCCAAAUGACAAUGAUACGGGAUUCUGUGAUGGAUGAAACAAUUUCAGAAAUGAUUGGGGAUGUUGUGAUGCACACAUUUGGAAAGGCCCACCCUCAGACGCGCGAUAACAAAGUGUGCGACAACAUGUUUUCGAGUCUCAUCAACUUGAUCGUGAAAGAUACCGUUCAGGAAGUCAUUAAAGAAGAAGCCCUUGACUACGUUCGUCAAUCCAAGGCGGAGGGGAUUUUUCAGUUGAUCCUAGAAGAUGAUCUCAUCAAACCAAUUAUCUACGAGGAGUGGAGUGAGAUUGUUCGAAACGUAUUAUUUGGUGAUAUCAUGAUGGAAACCCUCCAUGAUGAAAUUAAGGAUGCAGUUUUAGAGGCAAAGGAUGAGAUACUUGGAGCAAGAAGUGUCCGCCCACAACGAAAGGCCAAAUCUGUGAUGCUGGAUAACGUCAUGGAUCAUCUGUUCCAUCGGAUGCUUGUCGCUAGCCUGAUACAACGAAUCGCGCGUGAUAACCCCGAUGCACCAAAUGAGGCGACAAAUGUGGAUGCGGAAACUCUAGAACAUUCACAGAGAGAAUGAACGGACAACACGCAUGUCCUCGAAGAUGGGCAAACCCAUGUCUGAUGUUAAUUAAAGCAACUCUGAAUACUGUAUAUAUAUCUUUACAGACUAACGCAAUAUAAUGUAUUUAUUCGCCUCA